ACAAAUAUUCAAGUUCAAUCAAUAGGAAGAGAAGAGGUAAAGAAAGAAAAGGAAAGGAGAAGGGAAGAACAUAUGGAUAGAGAAGGAACAUCACAAAAUGAUCAGGAAAAGGCUCACAUUCUAGUGGUAACAUAUCCGGUGCAGGGUCACAUCAACCCGCUCCUCCAAUUCUCAAAGCACUUAGCUUCGAAGGGCCUCAAGGUCACUCUCAUCAUCCCUUCCUCCACCACCAGAUUCUCCGCCGAAGCCACGCCAAGCUCGAUCUCAGUGGCGUACAUCCCUGACCGGUAUGAGGAGGAUGACCCUACACUGAGCGUCGAUGAAAAACUGAAGCGGUUUGAUGCUGUUGUCCCCCAAACCUUAGCAGAGUUCAUCAGGGAACAGAUAGACUCCAAGUUCCCACCAAAGGUCCUGGUGUACGAUUCAGCCAUGGUUUGGGCCUUGGAUGUAGCCCGCGAGCAUGGGCUGCACGGGGCCCCAUUCUUCACCCACUCAUGCAUGGUUAGUGCCAUAUACUACCUGGUGCAUCAUGGCCGGCUUGCAACUCCGGUGCAGGGCCCAUUCAGCUUGAUUCCAUCGGCACCUCCACUAGAAGCAAGUGAUCUCCCUUCAGGGGUUACUACUGAAUACGAACCAUCCCCGAAAUUGAUGUCAAUGGUCAUUAACCAGUUCUUGAACUUGGACAGAGCCAAGUGGAUCCUGGUCAAUACUUUCUUCGAGCUCGAAGAAGAGGUAGUAAAGUGGAUGAGGAUUCAAUGUCCAAUCAUGACUAUUGGGCCAACCAUCCCAUCAUCCUACUUGGAUGGGAGACUGGAAGAUGACAAAGAGUAUGGACUCAGCAUCUUCCAGCCCGAAAUGGAAUCUUGCAUGGAGUGGCUUGACUCCAAGGAGACCAAUUCAGUCAUCUACGUAUCCUUUGGGAGCUUAGCUUCUCUUGGAGAAGAGCAAAUGGAGGAACUAUCAUGGGGGCUCAAGAACAGCAACAUUCGUUUCCUGUGGGUGGUGAGAGAAUCGGAGAAAAUGAAGCUCCCUCCUGGCUUCUUAGAUGAGAUCACAACAUCGGACAUGGGAUUGGUCGUGGCUUGGUGCUCACAGCCUCAAGUGCUAUCCCAUAGAGCAGUCAGUUGCUUCUUGACGCACUGCGGGUGGAACUCGACACUGGAGGGCCUGAGCCUGGGGCUGCCAUUGGUGGCGAUGUCUCAGAGGAUGGACCAGCCAACAAAUGCCAAAUUCAUCGAGGACGUGUGGAAGGUCGGGCUUCGGGUCAGGACCAGCGAGAAGGGCAUUGCAAGUAGGGAAGCGAUUAAGGCCUGUGUUAGGGAGGUGAUGGUAGGGAAAAAAGGCAAAGAGAUCAGGAAGAAUUGUUUGAGGUGGAAAGAGUUGGCCAAACAGGCAGUGGGCGAUGGAGGAAGUUCGGAUAAGAACAUCAAUGAGCUUGUUACUCAACUCAUUGACACAGUCACUGGUGCAGAGUAUGUCAAACCGGUGCAGAGUAUCAAAUGAUAAUGGGACAUAAACAUGAUAUCAAGGGGCUCCAUUA